CCUCCUCAUCCCCUCCAUUUCUACUUCUCUUCCUCUUCUUCAACAGCAAUCUUCCUUAGUUCUUAUCCUUGGUUCCACAUUUUCCUUUUCACCCUUUCUCUCCCUUCUACCUGGCGAAGUAGAUAGUAACACUGUAACAAUAGUCUCCUCCUUCCUGUUCCUGGGCUCCAGAGAGCUAGCUGUACAAGUAUUAAGAGUACUGCUGCAUUCAGUAGUUCUUCUUCAACAGCAUUUAAUACUUGCAGUUUUGAAACCCCCAACCUCCUCCCCACCUGGCGGGGAAUCCACACCACAAUCUAAGGAAUAUUUGUGCAUUUAUAUCUCCAAGUAGCGGGAGUGCUUGUGAGCUGAAAUGGGGUCUUCAGAGCUUCUCCUAAUGGGGUUGCAUUUAUUGCUGCACCUCUUCUUCUGUUAGCAUCACAAUGGGAAUGUUUGCUUGCUGCAUAGUCCUUGAAAUUUAAGGCUUUGCUGGUUGGGUGGGUGGAUAGCUGCUGCUGCAAAAAAGAAAAACCAAAUAAAAGAAGAGGAAAUGGAGAGGCUCCUCCAUCUCCACCAAGGCCCCAUCAGUCAUAAUGAUAAUCCUCCAUGUUUUGCAGGCGACCCGUAUCUCGAGUGCUUAGAGCAGCAGAUUGCAACCACUGCAGCAAGUUUCAGAUUCCAAGAGCGGGGAGAAGAGCCGGAAGCAGUACUAGUUCAAACCGCCGAGGAAGAGGAAGAAGAAAGACAGUUGUACCCAGCAAGCUCCCCCAGCUUAGACGACGACACAAUGCCGUUCCUUCAAAUGCUUCAAACCGUCGAUAAUUAUGCAACAACUUCGCCGGGGCGGCCACCAUUCCCUUUCUUCAGCUUCCGAGAACCCAAUUUCCAAACGCUCCUCAAACUCCAGCACCUCAAGAAGCUGCCAUGGGAUGUCAACAACAAUUUCUCCUCUUCCUCCUUUGGCUGUUUCGAUUCUUCUGAAAUCGACCAACAACAACCCCAAUUAGUUCCCCAAUCUCAAAUGAUAGAGCUAGAGAGCUGCAAUGUCACUCACGACUACCCCAGCUUCGUCGACUCUCCCGUCAAAUCCGAAACCCGAGAACUUCCGCACCAUCACUCCAGCUCCUGCCCAGAAGGAGUAAGCCCCGCCGGCGGCGAGCGAGCAGCCGGGCAAGACCGAACCGUCGACCCACCAGAUCCCAGCUCCGCUCCUCUUCUUCCCUGGAGUGCUACCAACACCGAAGAAGCCACCAGAAACUCCGCGAAACCGGCCGCCGAUGGUUCCUCGACGGCGACGAAGAAGGAGAGAAGGAAGAGGAAGAGAACGAGAGCGGCGAAGAACAAGGAGGAAGUGGAGAGCCAACGGAUGACCCACAUUACGGUGGAGCGCAACCGGCGGCGUCAGAUGAACGAGCACCUCAACUCCCUCCGCUCCCUCAUGCCUCCCUCCUACGUCCAAAGGGGGGAUCAAGCGUCAAUCAUCGGAGGCGCAAUCGAUUUCGUGAAGGAACUGGAGCAGCUGCUGCAGUGCCUGGAAGCGCAGAAGAGAAUUCGACGAGAUGACGCCGCCGCCGUGUGCGAGGAGGAGUUCAGGGCAGCAGCAGCAGCGCCGUCAUCGGAGGCGGCGGAGAUAGAGGUGACGGCGAUACAGAACCACGUGAACUUGAAGGUGAAGUGCGAGAGGAGAGGGAGAGGAGGAACAAGAGGGCGGCAGCUGGUGAGAGCCAUCGUCGCGCUGGAGGAGCUCUGCCUCACCGUCUUGCACCUCAACAUCUCUUCCUCCGCUUCCACCGCCUUCUACUCCUUCAAUCUCAAGAUAGAGGAAGAAUGCAAGCUGGGAUCAGCAGAUGAGGUGGCAGCAGCUGUGCAUCAGAUCUUCAGCAGCAUCAUCAACGGCUAGCUUACCUAUAUGGCUGAUCAGUUUUAAUAUUUUUAGGGCAAGUCUGUAGCUGAAUCUGUUGGUACGUAGGAUUGAGACUUGAGAGUGUAGAGUGUUGGUUGAGUGUGGGGGAGGAGAAAAGAAAGAAAAAGGGGGCACGAAUUCUGAUGGGGUCUUUUUAUUGAUUUUGUUUUGUGAUGGGAUCAUGUUAACCUACGUGUGCAUAUUCAUUCCUUGGGUUCUUGUUUUACCUUUUUUUUUCAAUGGAUUAACGCUUGACCGAGUAGAGGCGAAACUAGAAUUUAGAGUCGCGAUAUGGGUGAAGUAUAAGAAAUUAUAAGGACGUAUUCGUCAUGAAUGUUAUUAGAGAGGGGUGGGGGAAGGGAAACGAGCGUUUAUUUCUGAGAUUCGAAUAUAGAGGCUUCACAGGUUGAAAAUCAGAGGAUGAUUCUCGACAACGGCCUCAUUCGCAAGAUUUUCAGGAAUGGAUCUAGAUAUUGAGAAAAAUAUAUCAGAUAAUUAGGUUGGGAUCAGUUAAGAAAGUAUCGAGUUUAAUUUUGGGGGGUUAUUCAGGAUUUGAAAUUGCGAAAUUGAAAUCAAGAUAUAAUGAACUAUUAAAAAAAAUAGAGUUAAUUAAAUAUAGUCCACAAUCUCUGUCCUUCUUCAAUAUUCUUUGGGGGGACUUUUGAUUAGUUUUUUAUUAGACUUUUCGCAUCUCAACUUCCCACCGUGACAAUUUUAAUGAUAAAAUUAAACCUAGAAGCAUUCACCCAAUAAAAAUGAUUCGGAUGAUGGGCGAUAUACUAUUGAUCUUGAACUCGAGCCAUCUAUCCCUUUCUUUUCGAUCUUCCGUCAAUGGUGGUCGGCGCUUCUUCUAGGGUUCUCAACGGCAGCAGCCAUUUCUCAUCGUUGGCUUGGCUCCACCGUCAGCCCCCGGACUUCGAAAGCCAAGUUUGGUUUUCCCUUCGAAUGCCUCCCUCCUCCUCUCUUCUCCUUCUUAUUCGCCUGUAUCGCUCAUGCAAGCAUCUCUGCGCCGAAGAUGAGGAAACCCAAAAGACGUAAACCAUCCUCGUUUCCUUUUUUGUCUCGAAUCCCCACAAACAUACACGCGUCUCUGUUUCUCUCUCUCUCUCUGUCUUCUCCCCAUAACCCCACGCCUACAAGCUUUCUCUUCUCUCCCAUCAAAAAAAAAAAAAAAAAAAAAAAGCUUUCUCUUCUCCUCCCCGGUUUGAUUGCCAAUUCGUCGGGAAGCCAAUCCGUUUCCAAGCAAUGGGCGGUUCAGGGAAAUGGCUGAAAUCGCUGAUCCCUCUCAAAAAGAUCACCUCUUCCGCCGCUGACCUCGUGAGCUCCUACCUCCCAAAAACAGAGCAAUCUCUCGGCUCUGUUUUCUAUUGCGAAAUGGAGUACUAGUUUUUAUUUAUUCAUUGCUAUGGAAAUGAGUAAAACCGUUUGAUUGAUGGCCUGGUUAGAUGCAGCGGUUACUUCGGUUAAACGGCCAACUAACCGGUAACCGACCGAUCGGUUGCCGGCUAACCGAAGGCUUUCUUCGGUCGGUUGGCGGUAGCCACAUACCCUGUCUCGGUUAACCGGUAACCGACAUUUCGUUUAUCGGUUAUAACCGAACUAACCGAAAUGCCAGCCCUACCUGCAGAAUAACCCUUAUCUAUUAGU